AAAUUUUCAAAUUUUUCUUUUUUACGUCAGCAACUUUUAAAAAACCAACAUGGGAAAAUCCAAGCAAGAACUUAAAUAUAAACGACUCAAGGUUGGACAUGCCUGUUAUGUUUGUCGUAGUAAGAAAAUAAAGUGUGACGGAUUGCGACCUUGUAUGCAGUGCAAAGCUCGCGGUCGUGUUUGUCAAUCAUCGAAUCCAGAUUCUUCAGUACUAGAAGGAACAACAGAAAGUGGUGCCAGUGAAGAUAACGAUAGCUAUAUUGAAUCCGAUGAUGACUCUAUUUUGUUCUCUCGCACGAAAAAAACAGUCAAUAACACAAAACCAAUGCAAAACGAUUCCUGGACCAGCAAUGCAUCUGAAAACCUGGAGAAAGACAAGCCUAAUCAGGUACUGAACGGGUAUCCCACAUUUGGUAAUCUUGUUCGCUGGAGAGAUGAGCCCCCUUUGCCACAAAAAUACGCAUACCCUAUUGAAAUGCCCUCUAGUGAAAUACAAAUGCAUCUAAUUGAUUUAUUUUUCAAGACCAAAUACAAGGUUACACCCAUGAUUCCUAAGCGUUUAUUCUACGAACAUCUACGUACUAAAGGGCCAGUUAUCACACCAUUGUUAUUAAAUGCCAUUUACUGCACCGUCUGCGGUCUCUCAACUUUACCAGAGGUCCCCAAGGCUAUCGUAUUUUACAAUCGCGCCAAGAGAUUACUAGACGAUUUUCUUGAUACGCCUCGCGUGAGUACAGUUGCUGCACUCUGUCUCUUGGCACUGUACGAACCUCUUCCGACAAAAUCCAAACAUAACAUGUCCGACCAACAUUGCCGUUCUUGGAUGUACAGUGGCAUGGCUUUUCGCAUGUGUCUUGAGCUUGGUUUGAAUCUAGAUACCCCACAUACGCGUGCCAACAUUUCUUUGGAAGGUGCUGAAUUCUGUAGAAGAGUUUUUUGGUCUUGUUACUGUCUUGAUAAAAUGCAAAGUACCGAAUGGGAAAGGCUAUGGUCUAUUCCUUCUUCUUUAAUAAGAACUUCCUUACCUCAAUUUUUACCGGGUGAUGAUGAUGAAGAACAAUGGAUUGUGAUGGUCUAUAAACAAAAAAUUAGACUCGCUAUCAUUGGUGAAGAAGGACUUCAGAUUCGCGCUUCCUUUACGAUUCGACAAGAUAUACCUGACAAUCGAUUAUUUGAGCAGGUGGAACAGUAUCGACAAAGGAUAUUUCAAUGGAGAGCAAAUCUAGAGUCGCCAGAGCUUUGGGGUCUAGCCCAAUUUGCCACUGUUGAGCAAGUCAUCAACGAGCCCAAGAAAUCUAGUGUCAUUUCCUAUUUAAACACGGUGUAUUACUUCAUGUUGGUAGAAACUUUCUUCUGUGUCCCCAAGAGCUUUCACCGAAAAUCACUGGAGCAAAGAAUCUAUGCCUCAUUGCUUACGAAAAGCGUAGAUGUUCUUUGCGAUGACCCUUGUCUCGUAAUCCGGUAUGAAUUCCUCGCCCAUGCUAUCAUUUGCGCUAUUCGCGUUCACUCGCUUUAUUUGAAUGAUCCAGAUCCGGAAAUCUCGCGUCAAUCCUGGGGUUUCUUUAACCAAUGUGUCAAGAUUUUACGAAACUUUCAGAAACAGGCUGUUAUUCCCGAAUGUUCAGCAGUGCUUGCUCAUCUUCCAGUCAUUUGCGAGUCAUCUCGAGAAAUUAAUCAUUCAAGUCGUUCAUCCGUCCACUCAAGCUCCUCUGCAACAUUGUAUACCGAUAACUCUCAACCUUUAUCUGAUACCCAUUAUGACACCCAGUUUCAUCAUGGUGAGACUACUGCAAUGCACCCAGCGUCUUUACAACAAGAAGCCUAUAGCCAACAUCGCACCAUAGAUCCUUAUCAAGCUGAUUUGCUGCCUGUUGUACCUUCAUUUGAUUAUCUCGAUAGUAUGCUCGAUAUCCCCCCUUACAACAGUUUGGCCGCAAUAGGUACGACGAUUGGUGUGGAUUUUGCUGAUCGUAGGCAAUUAUGGAACUAUGCUUUACAAGACGUACCAGAACAAAAAUAUGACCUGAAUUCUACCGUAAGUACACCUGACGAUACUGGCAUCACACAGCCAUCCUCCUAUACAGGCAGCACGGGAUGGGCAAGCCCAACACGGGUAUGCGGGUUUACAUGGCCCAGUAGUCCAGUGCAACAACAACAACAACAACAACAGACAAGUAGGAUAAGUCCGCAUAUGAUACAUCUAAGAUCCCCUCCUAUCGUUCCCACCAACCACCCUAUUAUAAAUUCAAGACGAGAUCAGCCAUACCAUAUAUCCACCUCGUCACCUCAAGCAGAUAUGAACACAAUUUUAAGCAACUCAUAUCCUAACCCCCCUAUGCAACAUCAUAAUUAUGUACAACAAGUCAGUCGACAACCCAUAUUACCUCUGCCGCUUGCUUAUCCAAGCAUGCCGAAUACUAUACAUAGUCUAUCCCAAAAUGUUUAUUAUCCAAACUAG